AUGACCCCACUCAUUAUUUCUGAUGUGAUAGCUUCGCUGAAUACACGCUUUAUAUGGGGCGUAGUUCUUAUUGGUGGCUUUAUUGCUCGUGUACUGAUCCGACGUUACUGCACAUCGAUCAGGGACAUCCCGGGUCCAUUCUGGGGAUCUUUUUCCAGUCUUUGGGUAGUCGCUCAGUUGUACAAAGGACACCUUGAAGAUGAGACUCUCAAAUUACACCAGAAGCAUGGAUAUUUUGUUCGCAUUAGAGAUAACGAAGUUAGCGUCUCUCAUCCAGAUGCAGUGAGACAGCUCCUGCAUGCAAAUAUUGCAAAGGGCCCAUGGUAUGCCAUCUUUAGUCUUCCAGACUAUCACUAUGUCAACCAGAUGUCAGAACUGGAUCACCGACGACACAUCGAAAAGAAUCGGAACAUUGCAUCGGGGUAUGCACUUUCCAACAUCAUCAAGUCCGAGCCCUACGUCGAUGCUGUCUUGAAGCUCUUCACUGAAGCCAUGGACGAAUAUGCAAAAGCUAGCAAGCCAUUCAAAUUUGAAACGUGGUGCACCUUUUAUGCUUUUGACGUUCUCGGUGAAGUCACUUUCUCCAAAUCCUUCGGCUUCGUCGAGACCGGUACGGAUAUUGGGAACGCCAUCUCCAAUACCAGAGCCCUCGCUCUGUACGUUGCCGUUAUGGGUCACUAUAUCUGGCUUCACAACCUCACCUUGGGCAACCCACUUCUUAGUCGCCUGGGCAUUCAGCCAUCGUCGCAUAUUUUCGAUACCUGUCUCGCGGCUAUCAAGGUGCGCAAAGAGAACCCUGCAGUGCGCAAGGACAUGAUGCAGCAAUGGCUCGAUACUCGUGCCAAAUACCCGGACCGUAUGGCCGAGAGUGAGAUCUUCGGUGCUGCAGUGGCCAAUGUUGGUGCCGGUGCAGACACUGUCAGCGCGACUCUGCAGGCGCUUAUUUAUUGUCUAAUUCACAGCCCUCAGCAUCUGCAGCGGCUUCGCGAGGAGAUUGAUGCUGCUCAGACUUGUGGAGAAUUGUCGCCCAUUGUUCAGUAUAAUGAAGCACAAAAAUUGCCCUUCCUUCAAGCUUGUAUGAAAGAGAUCUACCGGCUUCACAGCGCAGUUCCCAGUCCCCUUCCCCGAGUUGUGCCAAAGGGUGGAAUGACAAUUGGAGACAGAUAUUUCCCAGAGGGUAUCAUUCUGAGUGUCAAUCCGUGGGUCUACCACCGAAAUCCAGCAUUAUUUGGCGAAGACUGCAACACCUUCAACCCAAAUCGCUGGCUUCAGGCUGACACAAAGAGCAUGGAUUCUUUCCUUAUCCAUUGGGGCGCUGGAUACAACCAAUGCCCUGGGCGCAAUCUUGCUCACUUCGAGAUCACCAAGUUUAUUGCCACCAUGGUUCGAGACUUUGAAUUUGAGCUUGAGAAUUCCAAGAAAGAGUGGGAGUGGACGAAUCAUUUCACUGUCAUGCCGUGGGGGUGGCCUUGCAAUAUUCGCCGCCGUACUACUGUAUGA